UCUGCUGAAAAAAACUAUGAAUGUAAGGAGUGUGGGAAGUCCUUUCGUCGUGGUUCACUUGUUACUCGACAUCAGAGGAUUCACACUGGUGAAAAACCCUAUGAAUGUAAGGAAUGUGGCAAGGCUUUUAGUUGUAGUUCAUAUUUUUCUCAACACCAGAGGAUUCACACUGGUGAAAAACCCUAUAAGUGUAAGGAAUGUGGAAAAGCCUUUCAUUAUUGCUCAAACCUUAAUGAUCAUCAGAGAAUUCACACUGGUGAGAAACCUUAUGAAUGUAAAGUAUGUGGAAAAGCCUUUACUAAGAGCUCACAACUUUUUCCACAUCUGAGAAUUCAUACUGGUGAGAAACCUUAUGAAUGUAAGGAAUGUGGGAAGGCCUUUACUCAGCACUCAAGGCUUAUACAACAUCAGAGAAUGCAUACUGGUGAGAAACCUUAUGAAUGUAAGGAGUGUGGGAAGGCCUUUAGUAGUGCCUCAACACUUACUAACCAUCACAGAAUUCAUGCUGGCAAGAAACUCUAUAAAUGUAAAGACUGUGGAAAGGCCUUUAUUCAGAGCUCAGAACUUAUUCAGCAUCAGAGAAUCCAUACAGAUGAAAAACCUUAUGAAUGUAGUGAAUGUGGGAAGGCCUUUAAUAAAGGUUCAAACCUUACUAGACAUCAAAGAGUUCACACUGGUGAGAAACCCUAUGACUGUAAGGAAUGUGGAAAGACCUUUGGUAGUCGCUCUGACCUCAUUCGCCAUGAAGGAAUUCACAUUGGAUGAAUGAUAAGCCCUUUUGAUGAUCUUUAUAAUAUAUAUAUUCUUAAAAAGUAAUUAAAAACAACAGAUAAUACAUGAUUGAAGGUUCCCCUGUGUAGUAGUUUUCUCAGGCUACUGUAACAAAGUACCACAAAACUGGGUGACUUAAAAUGACAGAAAUCUAUUUGUUCACAGCUUUAGAACUUUGAGAUCUAAAAUCAAAGUUGUCAUGGUUGGUUCCUUCUGAGGAAGAAUCCAUUCCAUGGCCUUCUCUUACCUUCUAGUAACAGCCAUAAAUCUUUGACAUUCCCUGGCUUAUAGAUGUAUCACUCCAAUCUCUGGCCUCCAUCUUCACAUUGCAUUCUCCCUGUGUAUCUGUCUCUUCCUGUUCUUUUUUUAUAACUGGAUUAGGUCUCCACUUACUACAUCUGUAAAGACCUUAUAUCCAUGUACAAUCACUUUCACAGGUAUCAGGGUUAGGGCUUCAAUAAGUUGUUUUUUUCUGACAUUAAAAUUUUUCCUUUAUACAUAACUUAUUAAAUUAUUUUUAAAAUGUGAACUCAAGGUCUAAAUUAAACCUACCUUCCAUACCAAAGAUAGAUUCUAUCUCAAACUACUUAUUCACUAAUUCCUUCCCUAUUGUUUUGUUCUCUUUGGUCAUAUAUUUGUGUUUAUAUUAGCUUAGUUUUAA